GCCUUGCGCAAGCAGUGAAGCAACCAAGCACAGAAACUCAGAAAUUAGCAUCGCCACACCGGACCGUCAUAUUCCAGCUCGCCGACCGCCGUUCUUUCGUCUCCCGCCCCUGUGAUCGGACUGUUGAGAAACGAAGAAGAGGCUCUGGUCGUUGAAUAUUUGGGCUAUUUUCUGGUUCGUUUCAAUCUAUGACUGACGCCUCUAUAGAUCACAACUUGAUUGACGCGAGUCUCUUCAGAUAUGUUCAAAUUUAGGGGAUCUCAGGAGCAACAAGGUCCACCACAUCCGCAGGAAGCAUCUACAGAAUCAUGGUAUCCACCCUCUAUGAUCAGCUCUACCAGCUCUUCCCGCCCCACAACACCUAGUCCAACCUCCUCUGGCAGCUUUAGUGUAUCGAGACCUUCUGAUGGACACAGUUCUGCAUCACAUGUAUCUCCAGCAGAAGCUGCUGGCAUUAUAAAUGUGCUAAGAGAUAAAAGUGUUGAUGAACUUCAAAAGCUGCUCUCUGACAAGGAUGCAUACCACAACUUUCUGCUCUCACUUGAGCCUGUCAAAACUCAAAACAAUAUAAGGGAUGAGCUUCGUAAUGAAACUCUGCAGCUUGCUAGAGAGAAUCUGGAAAAAGAACCAAGGAUCAUGGAGCUCAAAAAUCAGUGUAGGAUAAUUCGAACUACUGAAUUAGCGGCUGCCCAAGAAAAGCUGCAUGAACUAGAAAGGAGGAAAGAAGAGCUCCUGAAGUACUGUUCUCCUCAAUCUCUUCUCCUUCAACUUCAAGAGGCAAUGAAUAAAGUGGAUGAAGAAUCAGAAGCACUACACAAGCAGCUUCUGGAUCGAGAAAUUGAUCUCCCCACAUUUGUGCAGAAGUACAAGAAACUGCGCCUCACUUACCACAAACAAGCACUCACUCAUCUCGCAGCCAAGACAUCCAUAACCGGAUAACUAACAGUAUCUUGAAGGUACUAGUGCAUCAAACUGCCUCUUUCUGCUGUCAUGCGGAAUUCCAGUAGGUGUGUAUACUAUAAAUGCUAUGAAACUGUUACUACCAAGCUAGAACCAUAUCUCUCAUCCAAAUAUAUUCAGCACAUGGCAGUUAAAGUGCAAUUUACUACGAGGGUGUAGUUACAUUGUAGUUUAGGGAUCCCUUUGGCCCCACAGAUGAUAAUAUGAAAAUAGUUUGUUACAUUUGUUUAGAUUGAGAUUUGAAUUAAAUGGUGUUUACAUUUUAUGUGUUGUUAAUGUGCUAUUUAUCCCCCC